AUGGUCACGCGUGAAUGCGUCACCACCAUAAGAAGCCUCAGCGGAAGUCGCAGCUACCCGGUGAAGUUCUACGUGAUCCCGGACUUGCCCGACCUUCCCCACCAGACGAUCGCAUUGAGCGAUACUGACGUCCCGGCAGAACUAUCGUACGCUGAUGAUCGCUUCAACGUAGCCGGCCCAAUUGACGCAAUAUUGGGUGCUGGGGUGUAUUUUGCCUCGCUUACACCCGGCUUGAGACGAAACGAGCAAGGACUCACCAUCCAGAACUCCGUGUUUGGGUGGCUCGUGGGUGGCUUACUCCAGGGCGAUGUGGCCGAUGGCGUGAGGUCGCAUCAAUGCGGAGUGGCCACAGCGGAAGAAGACCUCAGACGGAGCAUCGAGAGGUUCUGGCAGGUGGAGGACGCGUCCCUACCCCAAGCCGUGAUUUCGACGGAAAUCUCCUCACCGGACCUCGAGGCCUUCUUCAAGGAGACGACGUCGUUGGCACCGGACGGCCGAUACGUCGUCCGAAUUCCCUUACGGGGGGAGCUAGGACAGCUGGGCGACUCCUACCAGCACGGAGUGAAGCGCUUACUAGCCCUCGAGCGCAAGCUAGAACGCCACUCCGAGACGUAUGACGAGUACCGGGCGUUCAUGCGUGAGUACGUGGACCUCGGACACAUGACGCCGAUCGCACCGAGUGACGCCGACCGGGUAAUCUACGUGAUACCCCACUCGUGCGUCAUCAAGCCGGAGUCGUCGACCACGAAGCUGCGUGUAGUGUUCGACGCCAGCGCCAAGUCGUCUACCGGAGUAGCACUCAACGACCUGCAGGUCAUUGGGCCUGUUUUGCAGCCAGAUCUGCUGCACAUUUGGCUUGAUUUCCAUUUACACACGGUGGUAGUGACGGCUGACAUCGCGAAGAUGUAUCGCCAAGUGUGGGUGUCUGACGAAGACACUUGGACGCAGUGCAUCCUUUGGCGCGACGGCAAGGACGAUCCCAUCCAGACGUACAGACUGCGCACCGUAACGUACGGCGAGGCCGCUUCCUCGUACUUAGCCUGCAGAGCGCUGCUAGAGGCCGGACAUGAGGCGCGUGCUGGAAACCCGCAAGUCGCUGACGCAAUCCAGCGAGGGUUCUACGUGGACAACCUGUCGCUGGGCGCCUCUACACCCGACGAGCUACGUGCCCUGUGCUCGGGAGUGGAGCAAACGCUACUUCGCCGCGGCAUGCCGCUGCGGAAGUGGGCGUCCAACGAAGUAGAGGUACUGCGCCACGUGCCGCAGGAGCAUCGGGAGGCUCCUGUUAAAAUCGGCGAUCGCGAGGCUGUGCGCAUGCUCGGACUGUCAUGGUGCCCAACUGAUGACACGUUUCAGUUGGUCAUACAUGAGGACGUACUUCAGUUCGCGGAGCAAUUGACGAAGCGCAACCUCAUCUCCAAGAUCUCUAAGCUGUACGAUCCAGUCGGGAUCAUGCAGCCAGUGAUCAUCACUGCGAAAGUGAUGAUGCAAGAUCUCUGGCGAGAAGAUCUUGCAUGGGACGACUACGUGUCACCCACGACGACCCAACAGUGGAACGAGUUCACGGCGCAACUCCCACUCUUGAGGAAGCUGCACCUCCCACGAAUGGCAGCGCCUAGCGCACCGACGACUCUACGUGUCGACGGUUUCUGCGACGCAUCCGUAAAGGCCUAUGGAUGCGUGGUCUACGUGACCUUUGAAGACGAUAAGGGCCACCGGAUAACGCGCUUGCUAUGCGCUAAAUCCAGGGUGGCCCCUCUAAAAACAAUGACGUUGCCACGUCUAGAAUUGCAAGCGGCAGUUCUAUUAGCCGAACUCUACGUGAGAAUUCGGGACGUUUUCGGCUCCCGUGUCGUCGAGACGUGUUGGUGGUCCGAUUCGCAGGUAGCGCUAACCUGGCUUCGCUCGGACAACACCCGGUGGGACGUCUUCGUAAGGAACCGAGUCGCCAAAGUCCAGGCAGCUACCGCGACCACCGACUGGCGCUACGUGCCCACCAAACUUAACCCGGCCGACAUCGUUUCCCGAGGCAUCACGGCAAGGAAGCUGAUCCGUCCAGACGUUAUGACGUUCUGGCUGAACGGUCCAUCAUUCGUUCAAGCUGGAUGUCAUGGGCUACUCGAGCCAUUCCCAUCUACAGAUCUCGCCGUGUUGGACGAAGGGCUGCCACAAGCUACGUUGCUAGUGGCUAUCACGGGGCCCGAUUGCGACGACCUGAUAGCGCAAUACUCACACCAUUGCGCCUUGGGAAAGACGCGCCGACACUUCGCCUGGCUAGGACGUGCGGUCAACAAUUUCAAGGCGAAGUCGGCCUCGCUACGUGCGAAGAAUCCUGACCUUUCAGCGAGUUACGGUCCCAUGACGCUCGCCGCCCAAGAAGAUGGGCUGCGACGCAUCUUGCUACGGAUGCAGACGACGGUCCAUCCGAAUGAAGUACGCGAGAUGCAAAUGACGGGCAACAUCACGCCAACGAGUCGACUCCAGCACCUCAACCCGGCUGUCCACCUUGAAGUGGUAGACGACCAAUCCACACAGGCCUUCAUCUCCGGCCUUAUGCGCUUCGUGUCGCUGCGUGGAAGGCCUAACAUCAAGGUGGCCAAGCGACUGCUGAAGGCGGCCUCCCGUGGCGCGCGAUUGAGGCUGAUCGAGAUGCAGACGUUCAUGCACCAGAUCUCAGCGAUCCUCAAUUCGCGGCCGCUUACAGCCACACACAACGGUGAUCGGGUUCAGACCAUCGACACCGGUAAAGGGGAGCAGCGACCCGGUUUCGGACCAUGGGUGCUGGCCAAGAGUGACCCGGCUUCGGGCCAGGAGCAUGAGGCAGCGGUGAACACGUAA